AUGAUGACUGACACAAAGAGAAAUAUAUCAGAAGUCAUGAUUGACUCUUAUCCUUAUGAUGAUGAUGAUACUCAUGAUGAUAAGAAAGCCCAUUCAAGACCAGGUAGAAAACCAAUUGAAACUGAACCUAAAUCAAAAAGAACGGCUCAAAAUAGAGCAGCUCAACGAGCUUAUCGUGAACGUAAAGAACGUAAAAUGAAAGAUUUAGAAGAUAAAGUUAAAUUAUUAGAAGAUGCAAAUGUACGUGCUAUAACAGAAGCUGAUUUCUUAAAAGCUCAAGUUGAUGUAUUAAAAAAUGAAUUGGCAAGAUAUAGAGGUCAUGAAGAUUUUUCUGAUUUAAAAUUACCAACAAAAGUUGGACAUUUAUCAAAUCCUGUCAAUAAUUAUGAUGAAGAUUUAUCAUCUUCAAAUAUAUCAUCCAAAAGUUCAAUUGAUGGUAAUAAUAAUAAACAUUCUAAUUUAACUUCUCCAUCGAAUAGUUUUUCAUUUGAGUUUCCUUGGUCAAAGAAUAAUAUACAAUCCUUGAAGCAACAACAACAAUCACGACAGUUUAAUCAUCCAGGACUGAUUCAAGAAGAACAAGUUCCUGAUUUAGUACUGGGUUCUUCCUCUUCGACUUCUCCAUUAAAUGAUAAUUUAUUAGUAUCUCCAGAAUCUUCAAUUGCUUCAUCUAGUUAUGUUCCAAAUGGUAUGUCAACAAAUUUAGAUUUUACUAAUAAUAAUACUUCCGGUUUUGAUGAACAAGUUGAUAAUUUUUGUGCUAAAUUAGGUGAAGCUUGUGGUACAAGACAACAACCAAUACCUAAAUAUAAAAGAAAAUCGACAACUUUAAAUCAAUAUUCAUCAUAUGAUUCUCCAUUUUCAAAUUUAGUAACUCCAAUUUCGAAUACUAUGGAUUAUUCAAAUGAUCCAUUUUUCUUGGGAAGUACCACCUCAUCUGAUUUCAAAGUUCCAAACAACAAACCCAGACCACAACUGACCAACUCCAACACCUACGCAUUAUCAUUCCUAAAUGACAACAACUUCGACGUUUCUCUCGCAUUUGGAGACCCAUCCCCAUCCAAACAAGCCGAUGAAGAUGAAUUCGACCCCGUCGCCCUUCUAACAACAGAAGAAUCAAUCUAUGACCAAACAAAGUCCCCUAACAACAACACCAAUAACAACAACAAUAACAUAAAUGUGAAUUUCAACUUUAACGACUUCCUCAAAACCGCACUUCCAGAACAAUCACCCUCCUCCACCACCGGCUCCAACAAUAACUAUACCACCAGUCUCAAUAAUGUCGACCAAUCCUCCAGUAUCCUUCUACCCCAGGAAGAUGAGUCAGAUGACGAAGUGGUGCCAGCACCGGCGGAUACGAUUGAAUGUAGUGAGAUUUGGGAUAGGAUAACGGCUCAUCCUAAAUAUACCGAGAUUGAUAUUGAUGGGUUGUGUAAUGAAUUGAAGGCGAAGGCGAAGUGUAGUGAAAAGGGGGUGGUUAUUAAUCUGAGUGAUGUUAAUCUGUUGUUGGAACAGAGUGCGAAGGUGAGGCGGUAG